AUGGCGGGCAGAGGAGGUGACAGAGCAGGGUGGCUGGGGUAUAUUUUGAAAACGGUAAUUCUGGGCCAGAUGCUUUCCUUGUUUAUCUGUGGGACUGCUGUUACAAGCCAGUACCUAGCAGAAAAAUACCAAGUGAAUACUCCAAUGUUUCAAAGUUUUAUCAACUAUUCUUUGCUGCUUCUAGUUUAUACAACAAUGCUGGCAUUUAGAACUGGCAGUGACAGCCUUUGGCAAAUUUUGAAGCAGAGGUGGUGGAAGUAUUUUUUUUUGGGACUGGCUGAUGUUGAAGCCAAUUACAUGAUUGUAAAAGCCUACCAAUACACGACCCUCACAAGUGUGCAGCUGCUGGACUGUUUCGGAAUUCCUGUGCUGAUGGCUCUGUCGUGGUUCAUUCUCCGGGCAAGAUACAGGCUGAUCCAUUUUCUUGCUGUUGCCGUCUGUUUGCUGGGUGUAGGAACAAUGGUGGGUGCAGACAUUCUGGCAGGGAGGCAGGACAGCGAAGGUAGUGACGUGGUGAUUGGAGAUGUCUUAGUGCUUCUUGGUGCUUCUUUGUAUGCCAUUUCUAAUGUGAGUGAGGAAUACAUUGUGAAAAAUCUGAGCAGAGUGGAGUUUCUAGGAAUGGUGGGCUUGUUUGGGACUAUUAUCAGCGGUCUACAGCUAGCCAUUGUGGAACAUAGGGAGAUAAUGAGAAUUCAAUGGAACUGGAAAAUUGCAUUACUGUUCACAGUCUUUGCCCUGUGCAUGUUUGGGCUGUAUAGCUUCAUGCCAGUCGUGAUUAAAGUUACCAGCGCAACCUCGGUCAAUCUGGGUAUUCUGACUGCGGAUCUCUACAGUCUGUUCUUCGGGCUUUUCCUCUUUUUCUAUAAGUUUUCAGGUCUUUAUAUCCUGUCCUUCGUUAUCAUCAUGGUGGGCUUCAUCUUGUAUUGCUCCACUCCGACUCGGACUGCAGAACCCACCGCCUUGCCACAGCCCAGCAGCUCUGGCUUGGACAACGCUGCACUGAAGCUUGAGGAGAACGACAGUGAAACUCCAGCCGUAACCGUACAGUUCACACGCUCUCCCCAUUUUAAUAUCUGA